AUGUGACUUCAUGUUGUUACGGUGCUAGGACUAGUGGGCGCAAAAUGAGAGCUAGCGUAUCGACAUACUAGGAAACAACCCAAAGCCGUCGAACUUGUGCAGCCUGACUAGCACUACACAGGACGUAUCUCACGUUUCUGUAGCAGUUUUUACGUCUCAUACUCCCAGCGAUUUCACGCGAGCGCCGUUGGGCAUCAGGAACCACUCAUCAGCAACCACUCCACUCAGAGAGCACAUGAUGGUACGCGUACUCAUCGCAGCCAUCGUGGCGCGGUCGAGCAAUGCGUUUCUCCAGAGUGCAACACGAACCGCUCGCCGAGGCCUCGCCGCGCGGGUGCUGCCGCCGCACCUCGAGACGGUCAAGGCCGACGUGGCCGGCGGCGACGCGCUCCUGCUCGACGUGCGCGAGCCCCACGAGUGGGCCGCCGCCCACUUCGCGUCCGCGACUUUCAGUGCCGCAAUCAAAGUUGCAAGCGAUGUCGCUGCCAUCGGGUGGGCGCAUCUCGUCUGCUGCAACUCUUUCACUUGCGAGUGUCGCGGCGAUGGCGUGUUGGGCGUACGCUAUCCACGAGAACACGUCUGUCCCAGCACUUGAAGAGUUCAUGCGCCAUCGAUGCGACUUCAUCACUCACCGCCCCCCCGACUCCUCGCGACGUGACCGAAUACCGCACGCAGGCGACCUCCGCGCCGCUCUCGGCGCUGCAGCAGGGCGCCUGCCCAAAGGAGGCCCUCGACGCGACGAAGCGGCUCUACCUGCACUGCGCGGCCGGCAUCCGCGUCCACCCGGCGAAGGCGGCCCUGGAGGCGCUCGGCUGCGACGAUGUCGUCGCGCUCCAGGAGGGGAUCUCGGAGCUCUACGAGUUGGGGUUCGACGACCUCGCCGAGUAACUUAACUUAUAAUAA